AGUGAAGCUGACGAGCAAAGACUUAAGCAAUUAGUCAAUUAUGAUUAUUUGAAUGUUCGACAAGACCUAAAAUUAAAAACUAAAGGUUACAUUUUGUUUAUAGAUAAUGAUAGCUCCUACAAAGUUACCUUUAGUUGGUCACAAUUAGAGUUAAAAGAGAAUAAUCGUGUUUUUCAAUGUGGGACCAUCACUUUCAUAGCCCAAAUGAAUGCAUCAAAUCUAUCACAACUCCAUGAAGUUGAUUUAAACAAAAAUUCUAAUAAUAUAAGAUCUUUUCAAAGACAUUAUAGAUUUAUUUUACCCUGUGUCCCUUUUCAACAAAUAAUCGCUAGAG